GAAUCGCAAAGUAACCCAAAACGUCCGCGCAUUUGUUUACAUUGACACUAGACGUGAGUCAGAUAUUUGGAGGGAUCAGUGAACCAAAGAGAAAAAUACUAAGACAUGGAUGUCGGCAGAAAAGAAAUGGAAAUAGAAGACAAAGUUGUCAUUGAUAAGUUGGAUCAAAUGAAUCUUUACAUGGAUGAUCAUGAAACAAGAGAAGCUAAUGUAAUCCACAGUGAAGAUUGUAAUACAAAUAAAAGUUAUGACACUAUUGUCAUAGACAGUGAGAGAUUAUAUCUGAGUGACAUGCCGGUGGAGAUUCUUAUACAUAUUGCCUCAUUUCUAGAAUCCAGGGAUAUUAUAUCUUCGCUUUAUCAGACAUGCAGACUGUUCUGUGAUUUGUUUUCAAAUUACAGUUACUGGAAAACACGAAUUUCACAAAGAUGGAAAAAGCAGUAUCCUAUUUUUGAAGCUCCGAGUUGUGGAACUUGGUCAGUGACCUUACACAAAGACUUUGAACACAUUGGCGUACUUUCAAUUGAAUACAGUAACCAGAGCAAGACCUGGAUUCCAACACAGGCCAAGAUGACUGAGGAUUUUAACUGGCGGAAGGCGUGUAUGGAACGAGAAGAAGUUUACAAGCUAUGGUCUGACCAUAAAAACAACUACCACCAUUUCAAGGUGCAGGAUGGAUUCUUUGCAGCAGUAGAUGUGGUUCAUCUCUUCAAGGAGGGACGCUUCCUAGCUACUGGGUCUCGGGACCGUCACCUAAACAUCCUGGAUCUGAAUAAACAUGAGGCCUGCAUGAAACCACAUGGAAAUCAUCUCACUGCCUUUCAAGACACCAAGACUCACAAGGGCUGGGUGUGGUCUAUGGCGUCCCAUGGUGACACCCUAGCAACAGGCUCCUGGGAUACCUUCAUCAGGUUGUGGGACACAGCUGAUGGCAACGUGGCUAUGUUGUCUGAGUUCAAAUUAAAGACAGCAAUUCUGGGGUUGUACUUUGAACAAAACUUCAUUGCUGCUGGAGGGUUUGACAAACGUCUGCACAUGUUUGAUCCCCGCGCUCCAGAAGCUUUCACCCGUAAGCACUACCACUCUCAGCCCCUACUGUGUGUGACAGGUGACGAGGACUUUGUGAUCACCGGGGGAGAAGACAAAACCAUAGCCAUCUUUGACAGGGCUGCUGGGAAGAAGUACAAACAAAUUCAGAUCCCAGGCAUGGUGAUGAGCAUGAGUUAUGGGCGUGGCCACCUGUGGGUAGGGGAUGGUGCGGGGAAACUUCACGUCCUCAAUUCACAAAACAAACUGUUUGAUGAAACUAACAUGCAGGCACCGGAUAUAUCACGGUCGCGAUCUUUGGACCCCUUCAACCGCGAUAUAUUGGAGUUGCAGUGUAUAGAUUCACAACAAACUGGUGGUUUACAGCACAGGUGGUUGCUUACUACAUGCAGGCCUAGCAUGAGUUUAUUUGCAGCCAGUCGGAUUAAGGUCAAGGUCACUACGUUUGAUGUUGGCCACAAGGGCAGACUGACGGGUUUGGUUCACACAGAUGGAGGGGUGUUCACAGGGUGUUCAGACUCAUCGGUGAAAGUCCUUGAGCCAAGUACGGAUCCCAGCGUCAUUGCAUCACUGAGUGCGCACAGCGGGGAAGUUACGAGGAUCAGCUACAACAGUGGAGUGCUGGCCAGCGCCAGUGCAGACAUCUCUGUCGGAGUCUGGUUACCUAGGAAACACGUGUCAUGAGCAACCAGACAGUAACUGGCAAGCAUCUUGUCAACCUUCAGAUGUUAUAUCAUGUAUUCCAUAGACAGAUUGACAUCUUUUAAGAUAUCCCCUACACCAUUGCCUAGUUAAAGUCACUAGUCACUUUUCAAUCCCUUUGCACAAUGAAGAAAUGUUUUGUUGUAAAGGAUGUAGCAGUAGGCUCACAUUCUAAACAUCCGCUUAUGACAGUUCUGUAGCCAACAUGCAUAUGGGAUUUGAAUUGGUUUUGGUGUUGCAAUUGGAGCUAUUGUACUUUUAAAUGUGUUCAAAACAGAAAUAUGUUGGACCAUAUUCAGGCUUUUGAAUUGAAGCAGAAACUGGCCCUGUGUUCACAAAACAUUUUUUGCAGUCGAAAAUCGAUUUUGCUUGUCAUUGAAAAUGGAUUUCCAUUGUAGAUGAUAGGCAAAAAUGAAAAUCAAUGUCAGUUAAAAUCGAUUUUCGAUUGUAAAAUCGUUUUGAUGCAAGUAUUUUGCAAUGUUCUCAUUUUUGACAUCUGAAAUGUUUCUGCCUUAAAUCAUGUUGAUGCAAAUUAUACUGGAAAGCUAAAUCAUUAUUAUAUUUAUGUAAAUAAAUAGUUUUAAACUGCAUAUUAUUUGACUAUAAUGUAUACUAAGAGACAUUUACAUAGAAUGUAACUAGCACAAACAAAAUAGCUCUUUAAGUAUUUUGAAAUGUAGUAAAAUCAUUGAUAUUUAUGAUAGAAUAUCUGAUGGAAUAUAAUCAAUUGUGUCACAUAUAGGAUGUAUUGUUAUAUAUAUGUUAAACAACAGACAUGUUAAUAAAUAUGACUAGGUAUUAUUUAAAUAUAUUUAUGAGCAGGAUUAUAUAAACAUGACCAUCUUGGUAUACAUUUGUCUGUUAUGAUUACUGUAAGACUAUCUUGUUUUUUGUAUUUUUUUAUGUAAGUUAAACUAAGUUAAGCAAUGAUAUGAAAUUAUCAUAUUAACAAAUUGCCUGUUGGUUGUUAUUGUAUGUUGUUAGAUGAUUAUUAUGCUUCAAAAGCACUGGACAUGCACACAAAUGUAAUUUAGGCACUUUUUACUAUGUAUCUUUAAUUUGUUCUCUUCAUUUAUUUAUUAAUCGUAUGUACAACACUCUAUCAACCUAUUGUUUAGGUUUUAGGUAUUGAUUAUCCAGUCUCAAGCAUUCUACAACACGUGUUUUUUGUUUCAUAUACCGUAAAUCGGCCAAUGUUUUUGUUUGUGUAAUAAUAUUCUAGAUACUCUUGCCAUGCUUACUGAUAUGGUUAGGUAUGUAUUGAGCAGGCAUGUGAAUAGUUAAAUAAAUGUCACCAUAUGGUAGAGCAGUAAUACAAACAUUGUCGUACAGAUAUGGCCGUGCACAUUGGAAGUUUGGUGUAUGUGCCCAUCCAUCCGUGCGUGUAUACAUAUGCAACUCUGUCAAAUCCUGUUCAGCCUGUAACUUCAUUAUUUUUCUGGCAAUUUUAAAAUUACAGGAUCAUUAAUAUCAAGAGACAGCAUGCGCACUCAAAACUUUAAUGGCCUAAGGUCUUCGAUGUUUAUUAUAUAUAAUCUUGCAUAUCAAUGGUUUAUGACCAUAUCUGUUUGCUCUACAUACUUCAUUAAUAAAUAUCAAACACUG